AUGCAUAUUCAGGUUCCAAAUAGGCAAUCCAUGAAAAAGACGGUAAUUGGAGAUGGACCAUUGGAAAGACAACAAAUUGCAGAAAACAAAUCUCUUAAAAAUGACAUUUCAAGGUCAAAGGAACAAUCUAAGAGAAUAGUUGUCGAAGAUGAGUCAAGGGAAAAACAUGAAAGUAACAAUAAGAAUCAACAACAAAAAAAGAAAAUGUUUGGAAAUGACAUUUCAAGGGCAAAAGAUCAACAAAAGAAAAUGGUAGUGGUUGAAGAGGAAUCAAUGGCAAGGCAACAAAGUGCUUGCAAGAAGACAAAAAGAAGUCCUUUGUGCCAAUCAAUGUUAAUUGGUGACUUUCUUGAAAAAAAUGGAAGAGAUGUUGAGAAGGAGAUGGAAAAUUUAAUUGAAGAUGAGGAAAACAUUGUUUUAGAAGAACAAGAACAAGAAGAAAAUGUGGAAUAUGAGGGAGACGCAGAAAAAAAGGGAUAA